AUGCUGGAGUUCCUCCAAGCCUCCUGGGGUGUCUUACUCGCAUCCGUUUUCUCUGUGGUGGACAAGAACCGGCCAGUUACGGACAUAUGGCGGCAGUUAAACACAACCAUCGGUGGUCGCCUGGCCACAUCCAACCCUUGGCCCCAGCCUUGUUUUUCGUCCAUCAACGGACGGCCCACACAUAACGAUUCGAGUCAGUGUGGGACAGUCUGCCAAAACUACUUCAACCAGCAUAUCGCACGAAGCGACGUUUUCGCAGGAUACAGUGCCACCAAUUUCGAUAUGUGCAUGUCCAACGGUGACCAAUGCCACCUCGACUUCAUGAAUCCCAGCAACCCUCUUGCAUUCUCCCCGCCGGCUGAUUGUAGGCAAGGAAGCAUACCGAGUUACUAUAUUGAUGUCCAAGGAAAGGACGAUGUUAUCGCGGCGUUUGAUUUCGCCAGGAAGAGCGGAGUACCGCUGGUUAUUAAAAAUACUGGGCACGACUUCAAAGGACGGAGCUCAGGACCUGGUUCGUUAGCUUUGUGGAUGCACAGCAUGAAAUACAUUCACCAUGCACCUGAAUUCGUGGCCGAUGGUUGCCCAACCUCCGAUGCCCAUAACGCUGUUACCUUUGGGGCUGGUCAACAAUUUGAAGAAAUAUUCCAACACCUUGAUAAACUCGGGUUACAAAUGGUCGGAGGGUCGGAUCAAUCUGUCGGAGCUGCUGGAGGAUGGGCUCAGGGAGGUGGCCAUUCAUCGCUAACGCCAACGUACGGACUCGGCGCAGAUCGGACACUGCAGUACAAGGUCGUGACCCCUGACGGCGUAGCACGCAUCGCUAAUGCAUGCCAAAACGAAGACCUUUUCUGGGCCCUACGCGGAGGGGGCGGCGGGACCUUCGGCGUUGUGCUUGAGGCGACGAUGAUGGUGUCUGAAGUUGAAUCCUAUAGAGUAGCAAACAUCAAUUGGCCGCCUACUACUCCGAAUCUCAAGCAAGUCCUCGAGAUCUUCCUUGACAAUGCCACGAACUUCGCUCUCCAAGGCUGGGGUGGCUAUGUCACAAUUACGACUGGAAAUAUCAUACUUAUGACCCCUCGACUCAAUCUCAAAGAGGCAGAAGAGGCAAUGCACGCCCUCAUCGAGCUUACGACCCAACUCGGUGGCGUGUCGACCGUCACUGAAGUACCGACUUUCUUGAGUUGGUUUGAUAAUUACGUUAGAGGAAUGGCUGGCGCGCAGGCUCUUGUCGGUCUUCCAAUCGCUAUGGCUUCACGCUUAGUUCCUCAGAAGAACCAUGCGACGUCAGAGGGUCGUGCGGAGCUCCUCGAAGCCCUUUCCUCCGCCUUCGGCCUCUCGGUCUUUUCCCAGAUCCAUUUUACGAGUCCUUACGGGUUCACUGGGAGCGACGGAAGUGAUACGAGCGUCAAUCCCGUUUGGCGGACGUCCUUGUAUCAGGUCAUCGUUGUGAACUCGUGGUUAUUCGACUCCACGCUAGAGCAGCGUAAAGAAGCUUAUGCUCAAACGACAAAGUCCAUCAACUACUUGCGUGAUAUCACACCAGACUCCGGCGCAUACCACAAUGAAGCCGAUAUUCACGAACCAAACUAUGGACACUCGUUCUACAAUACAAACUACGUCAGGUUGCUUGAAAUCAAAAACAAAUACGAUCCUGACCACAUCUUGGACUGCUGGCAAUGCGUUGGUUGGCAGGGCCCAUCGCGUCCGCGAUACUCGUGUUAUAUUUGA